UCCGUGAGAUCACGACAGCCGAAAUCGCCACAUUCGCCGUUCGCGAUUCUUCUGUCCUCACAGGCAGAACAGCCUUCUCUAAACUGGAAAUUCCCCGACACUCACUCGACACUCGCAAAUAAUCGCCCGAGAUGGAUCCGAAUAACAAGAACUUCGAUCAGAGUCAAUACAUUGACACCGCUCUGCGCGCCGUCCACAAUAAGAAGCCGGCGCCCGAGAUCGAUUUCACUCUCCAUACCAUGGAAGAUGGCGAGCAAGUGAGCACCCUCGAGCGCGUCUGCAAAGACGUUCAAGCACCCGCUUUCCACCCCCCGACGCCCGAGCAAUUCUUCUCGCCCGAUGACCCGGAAAAACCGAACAUCCAAUUCCUCAAGCAGCACUUCUACCGCGAAGGUCGCUUGACCGAAGAGCAGGCAUUAUGGAUCAUCAACAAGGGGACGGAGAUACUGGAGCAAGAACCUAAUAUGCUGGAGAUGGACGCGCCCAUCACUGUAUGCGGCGACGUCCAUGGCCAGUACUACGAUUUGAUGAAGCUGUUCGAAGUCGGUGGUGACCCCGCGGAUACGCGAUACCUGUUCCUGGGCGACUAUGUCGAUCGAGGGUAUUUCAGCAUAGAGUGUGUUUUGUAUCUGUGGUCUCUAAAGAUCUGGUACCCGAAUACCCUCUGGCUACUCCGAGGGAAUCACGAAUGCCGGCAUCUCACCGAUUACUUCACGUUCAAGCUCGAGUGCAAGCACAAAUACUCCGAGGAUGUUUACGAGGCAUGCAUGAAGUCAUUCUGCGCGUUACCGCUCGCCGCGGUGAUGAACAAGCAAUUCCUCUGCAUCCACGGUGGAUUGAGCCCGGAGCUGCAUACCCUCGAAGAUCUGAAGAGCAUUGACCGAUUCCGCGAGCCACCAACCCAGGGACUCAUGUGCGACAUAUUAUGGGCCGAUCCGCUCGAAGAAUUUGGACAAGAGAAGACGGCCGAAUUUUUCAUCCACAACCACGUCCGUGGGUGCUCCUACUUCUUCUCAUACCCGGCGGCCUGUGCGUUUUUGGAAAAGAACGGCUUGCUGUCGAUCAUUCGCGCGCACGAGGCCCAGGAUGCCGGGUAUCGUAUGUAUCGCAAGACGAGGACGACUGGCUUCCCUAGCGUCAUGACAAUCUUCAGCGCGCCGAAUUAUCUGGAUGUCUACAACAACAAGGCGGCGGUCUUGAAGUAUGAGAACAACGUCAUGAACAUCAGACAAUUCAAUUGCACACCUCAUCCGUAUUGGCUUCCAAACUUCAUGGACGUCUUCACGUGGUCACUCCCGUUCGUAGGAGAGAAGAUCACCGACAUGCUCAUCGCCAUCCUCAACACCUGCUCGAAAGAAGAACUCGAAGACGAAACCCCUUCCAUCGCCUCCGGCCCCUCGUCUCCCCCUCUCGGCUCUCCCGACCCCGAAUCCAUCGAAUACAAACGCCGCGCCAUCAAGAAAAAGAUCCUCGCCAUCGGCCGCCUCUCCCGCGUCUUCCAGGUCCUCCGCGAAGAAUCCGAGCGCGUCUCCGAGCUCAAGACUGCCUCGGGCGGUCGCCUCCCCGCGGGGACGCUCAUGCUCGGCGCCGAGGGCAUCAAGAAAGCGAUCCACAGCUUCGAAGACGCGCGCAAGGUGGAUCUACAGAAUGAACGGCUCCCACCGAGCCAGGAGGAUGUACGGAAGAACCAUGCGGAGAGCAGAAACCAGGCGCUGGAGCGGGCGAGUCAGGAUGCGGAGAACGACACCGUGAUGACGACCAUGGCCCGGCGGAUCAGCAUGUCCUCCGGUUCGGGACGAAGCAAGCCCACGAGACAGCCCGAGCAGCAGAGCUGAUGGAGCUGAGGGAUCGUUUGGAGAUUAGGACGAGGCGUCGUCUAUAAGUCGCACAUCGCUGACCGACUGAUAUGCCUUUGCCAUGGCGACACGAAACGAGAAUUGGAUGAGCAGCGACUGGCUCCGACAGCCGAGCGUGGAAGGGGGCGUUCUUUUUGUGUACAGCGUCUAAAUGAGGGAGAGAAUGCAUGACAUCUCCUCUCG